CGGCCGCACCCCUUGUGCCAUCUGCACCGGUCGUGGGGCUCGUAGGAAGGACUCAGGGAGACCCCGGACACCCCGAAAUGGACUCAGUGGCCAUUGAGGAUGUGGUUGUAACCUUCACCCUAGAAGAGUGGGCCUUAUUGGAUUCUUCACAGAAGAAACUUUACAGAGAUGUAAUGCGACAAACUUUCAAGAACCUGGCCUCAAUAGGGAAGAAAUGGGAUGAUCAUGACAUUGAAGAAUUGUAUAAAAACCAGGGGAGAAAACUAAGAAAUCAUAUGGCGGAGAGACUCUGUGAAACUAAAGAGGGUAGUCAAUGUGAAGACAACUCCAAUCUUAUUUCAGAAAUGACUUUGAACAAGAAGACCACUGCAGUGAAACCACAUGAAUGCAGUACAUGUGGAAAAGUCUUUAUGCAUCAUUCACCCCUUGAUAGGCACAUCAGAUGUCACACUGGACACAAACCAUAUGAAUGUGACAAAUACAGAGAGAAGCCUUAUACAUUUAGGACAUGUGGUAAAACCAGUUAUCGCCAUUUUUUUUAUAAACGUGUAGAGAAAUCUUACAAAUGUAAGGAAUGUGGGGAAUCCUUUAGGCAUCCCCAGUUUGUUCACAAACAUGAACAGAUUCAUACUGGAGAGAAAUGGUAUCAAUGUAAACAAUGUGGAAAAAUCUUUAGAUAUCUUCAAGGCUUCCAAAAACAUAAAAAAAUUCACACAGGAGAGAAACCGUAUGAAUGUAAGCAAUGUGGUAAAGCUUUCAAUUGUUCCAGUUCUUACCAAAGUCAUGAAAAAACUCAUACUGGGGAGAAACCUUAUAAAUGUAAGGAAUGUGGGAAAGCCUUCAGUUAUCACUCUUCCUUUCUAUUACAUGAGAGAAUUCAUACUGGAGAGAAACACUAUACAUGCAAGGAAUGUGGUAGAGGCUUUCAUCGUUACGGAACCUUAAAACGGCACAUGAGACUGCACACUGGGAAGGAACUCUAUGAAUGUAAACAAUGUGGUAAAGCCUUCAGAUAUUUUGUUUGGUUUGAGAAACAUGAAAGAAGUCAUACUUGAAACAUUGAAUGUAAGGAAUGUGAAAAGGCCUUCUCAUAUUACCAAACCUUAAAAGUACACACUAAAUUGCACAGCAGAGAAAUCAUAUGAAUAUGAGCAAUGUGGUAAAGCCUUUAACUAUUCCUCUUCCUUUAAAAGUCAUUGAAGAAAUCAUGAGAAAAAAUCCUAUGAAUGUAAGUAGUUUGGUAAAGCCUACAGACCUUACAGUUUCUUAGAAACACAAGAGAAUUCAUAAGGAAAGCUUAAUGGAAAUUCAUGUGUAGAAUAGUGUUCCAGACAACAGCACAAGUCAUUAAUAAAUGUUUAGCCCUAGCCAGGUUGGCUCAGUGGAUAGAGGGUCAGCCUGAACACUGAAGAGACCUGGGUUCGAUUCUGGUCAGAGUCAAUACCUUGGUUGCAAUUUUCCCCUGCCCUGGUCAGAUGCAUGCAGGAGGCAACCAAUUGCUGUUUCUCCCUAUCUGUUCCACUAUCAUGUUGAAUCCUAUUGGGAUUGAUGGGUGAGUUAAAGACAUUUCUUUUUUUUUUAAAUAUAUAUUUUUAUUGAUUUCAGAGAGGAA